AUGCGGGCGCCACUCUGCCUGUUGCUGCUGGUCGCCCACGCCGUCGACAUGCUGCCUCUGAAUCGCAGGAAGAAGCAAGUGGGCAUUGGUCUGGGCGGCAACUGUACGGGCUGUGUCAUCUGCUCAGAGGAAAACGGCUGCUCCACCUGCCAGCAUAGGCUCUUCCUGUUCAUCCGCCGGGAAGGCAUCCGCCAGUAUGGCAAGUGUGUACACGACUGUCCCUCCGGCUACUUCGGCAUCCGCGGCCAGGAGGUCAACAGAUGCAAAAAAUGUGGGGCCACGUGUGAAAACUGCUUCAGCCGGGACUUCUGCAUCCAGUGCAAGAGGCGGUUUUACCUGUACAAAGGAAAGUGCCUGCCCACCUGCCCACUGGGCACCACAACCCAGCAGAAGACACGGGAAUGCCAGGAUGUGUGUGAGCUGCGCCCCUGGGGCAGCUGGAGCCCCUGCACCCACAAAAGGAAAAUGUGCAGCUCGGCCUGGGGCCUGGAGACCCGGGUGCGAGAGGUUAGCCGGGCUGGACGGGAAGAGGCGACAACCUGCCAGGUGCUGUCCGAGUCACGGAAAUGUCUCAUCCAGAGGCCCUGCCCUGGAGAGAGAAACCCCAACCAGAAGGACCGGAAAGCCCGGCGUCUGCGCAAGGACAAAAAGCUGGACCGGAAGUUGGAUGUGAGGCCUGGCCCACCACCGCCGCCCUGGCCGCCGGCCUGA